AUGUCGCACAACACAUCCAAGAAACCCGUCGUGGCGGUGGUCGGCGCCGGCCCUGGCAUAGGCGAAGCGGUAGCCCGCCGCUUCGUCGCAGAGGGCUUCAUCGCCGCGCUCCUCGCCCGGACGGAAGACAAGCUCCAAACAAUGGUCUCAGACAUUGCGAAGGACCAUGGCCCCAACACAUCACGGUACUACAUCACCGACCUGCGUGUGGAGCAAUCCGUGCUCGACAGCUUCGCGAAGAUCCGGUCCGAACUGGGCCCCGUCGAAGUUCUCGUCUACAACGCCGGAGCCAGACGGGUCAACGGCCGUUCGGUCCUCGACACGACCACCGAGGAGUUCGAGAACUUCACCAAAAUCAACCUGUUCGGCGCCUUCUGGUCCACCAAGUGCGUGCUGCCGGACAUGCUCGCCGCGGGGAAGGGCACCGUCAUAUACACCGGGGCCACGGGCGGGCUGCGAGGCAACCCGGGCCUGAGCAGCUUCUCGCCCGGCAAGUUCGGGCUCCGGAGUCUCUCGCAGGUCGUCGCGAGGGAGUAUCAGGAAAGGGGCAUCCACGUGAGCCACAUCAUCGUCGACACGCCCGUCGAUGGGAAGCUGAUCGGGGGCGUGAACAGAAGGAAAUGGGCGAGGGAGGGAGACACGGAGAAACUGGACGACGUCGACGCGCACUUGUCGAGGCCGGCGGAUCUCGCGCACAUCUAUUGGUUUCUGCACACGCAGCCGAGAAGUGCGUGGACACAGGAAUUGGACGUGCGCGCGCAAAAGGUCAGUUUGUUUUCCAAAAUGUAA